AUGAGCUCCAUUGAGAGUGGUUCAUCUCCGAACGUCACCACGAUUUCCAACGAAGUUGAUCUUCCCGAAUCGAACAAACUCUCUGAGAUCUUGCCCAGCGGUUCCAACCCCUCGACAACGAUUGAUCCCAACCAAACAACCAUCACAGUCACUGUAGCUUCGUCAAGUUCCAGCCUACUGAUACGAUCGGAUCAGUUAGUUGGUUCUAUUUUCAAGAGUUCUACGGUUCAGAGUGACGGACAAAGAAGCACACUGGCAGAUCACGUAAUUAAGCCAGACGCAUCACCAAAGGCAUGUGUUCGACCUCCGUCAACCGGUGACUUAACACGAAAACGAUCCUUUGAAGCUGAAGAAACAAACUCGGAUAGCCACACAACGUCGAUAUCCGGUUGUAAUGUGCUCAAGCGUCAAACUCCGAACAGUACCGUCCGUAAACCUCCGGAGCGACCUACCACGCUUUUUCCGCCUCGGGUCGCUGCCGUUCGUCAAGUGAAACGUCCCAAUUCAUUACCAAUACCUUCACACGUACCUUCACCGAAAUCGGAAAACUGGGAUCAGUUGAAGGAGCCGGACAAAACCGUUGGCACUUCAUCCACAGAAGGAGGGGCUGCUUCAACACCGCGCACAAUUGUGGCUGGUCGUCGCGUGUUGCAGAGCACGCAAACUCUUAGAGGAAGCUUUCCCCGAACCGCUCCUGAAGCCCAGCGAAAAUCUGUUCCUGGGUCGGCAAAUGAAUCGCCGUGGCAACCGCUGGCCUCACAUGAGAUCGGCACACGUGCACCUCCGUGGGCGCCAGAUCACAUGACCACUUCAUGCAUGUUAUGCUCCACUCAUUUCAAUCUGAUCCGACAACGUCAGCAUUGUCGUGCUUGCGGUCGGAUCGUGUGUGCGGUUUGUUGCACCCGAUCCGUCCCCGUCCCGUAUCUCAGCUGUGUAGGCACCAACCUGGAGCAGAAACAGCAACAACAACAACGUCCUACCGUCGCGACAUACCCGUGUUUGCGAGCUCUGCUAUUCUGUUUUGACUAA